AUGACCUUCCCCAAACCUCCCUUUUUGUCCACGCACGGGCCUCCACACAGGAGCGUGCCCCAACGGUCCGUCGACAACGGACCCAACCAUGUUGCGCGCGACCCCGACCAAACGACGGGACCGCACCCAACCACAGCCGACCCACAGCACACCAUCAGACGCAUCGACCACUUCGACCCCAGGCUCGACCCACCUACGAGCCAGGCGAUGUACCACAUGACAGACCACUCGCGGGACCCCGGGACCUCUCCGUCUGUGAGAGACAACCCCCUUCCAGACCCGGCCCAUCGAGACAUAAAAUACGAGACGCAUGGCUACCAAACCCAUAGACCCGGACUGACCGCGGACCACGGCGAACAACGGCCAGCAACCCGCCAAUGGGACGGUCAACGGUACUACCCGGACUAUAGAGGACGCGACGCCCAUUACACGCCCCCUAUCGGUCGAGACCCGCUCGGACCAUCCGACCGUGACUUUGACCGCAUAGCCAGACACAUAAACCGCUUUGACCCCCGGCCCGGCAUGCCUACGAACGCCCGAUCAUACCUCCGCGACGUUGACUUCCACACUGACCGCAUACCAAACGCAUCUCAAAGUGACAAAAUAUUCUUGAUUAGACUCACGUCCAAUAGAGAAGUGAACGACUUCAUCGAAAGGCAACCAAAGGCCAUAAAACAUGACUACAAUGAGCUCUGCAAAGCCAUCCUGGCAGAAUACUCAGACUACGGUGCCUCCGGGACCCUCACGGCAGCUAUGGCAGUCAAACAAACUCACAACGAGCUUGCGGACUGCUACUACCACAGGUUGAGACAGGCCUACUUCGGCAACCAAAACUACGAAGGGAUGGAGGAAGAUAAGAAUUUCAAGGCCCUGUACAUCCAAAACCUCCACCCCAACCUUAGCCAACUACUAGCCGGACGGGAAAGACCGCGCACCGCAGCUAUAAAUAAAAGCAACCUUUCCAGGGAAGAACAAUCCUUCCUCCGCGCACUCCUGCGCAAAGCCAGAGAAAAAAGGCCAGACACUGCUGACGUGUUCGCAGUGUCCGUGUCGGAUGAGACCAAUGACGACUAUCCCUACCAUUUGAACGACGACCUUAGCGUGCAACAGUCGGAGGACACCUACUUCGACCCACACGUCCUUCGGGACCUCCAGGACAAGGUAAACAAAGAACCCCGAGACUCACACGCACAGAAUGAGAACGCCCACUACGACCAGAGGGACGUCAUGGUGAUACGGGUAAACUCCAUCACAGACUCACGAAGGGAGUGCCCCUCGACGAUCAACUGCGACCCACCGUUCCACCAGUUCAUUGGCGAUCUACAACAAAAAGGUACCUACGGGAAACUCUACUUGCCCGUGACGCUUGAGGACCAAUGGGAACACAAAGCGCUCGUGGACACAGCUGCCGAUAUCAGCCUGAUUGCCGACUAUCUCUUUGGUAAGUUACAGUCCCUGGCCAGAGAAGCCCACAGAGACCUAAAAACACAGCCAUGCGACUUGGAAAUUCGACCCUAUUCCCAGGUAAACACGACCAUACGUAAAAUGGCGCUGAUGCGACUGACCGUGGGCCCCAUGACACUAGUCCACCCGGUCUACAUCUCCCCAUUCAACGCGCAUCCACUCCUACUGGGCCAGGACCUCCUAAAUCGGUUAAAACCCAUAAUAGACUUCCAACGUCUAAAGAUCUGGGCACAAGUCCGGGAGCCCUUACCCAUCCCACGCCCACUGGGCGAGAACCACUGCUACUUCAUAGAAGCGCCGCCUGCAGACGGCCUACAGCCCGCCGCGGCACAAACCAACACCGGUCAAGGAACGCCCACAAUCUGCGCGAUCGGUCGGGCAAACGCCACUAAAAUGGACCCGACGCCGCGCCCACGCGCAAAACCCCCGACUUUGACGGGUUGGACCUAG